CCCUACAUUCCUUCCACUCACCUAUAUAAAUGCAUGGGACUUAACAAAACUGCUCAACACUCCAAAAACUUAUGUCAACAUGAAAAUGGAGGUCUCACCUCUAGCUUGGCUGCUGCUAGUAUUACUCUCUUGCCACCAACUGACUUUCCCUACCCUCUGCACUGCCAACCAAAUCAACAAGCUUAACGAAUUGAUCGAGUCUCAAAGAUCAAGUAAUCCUCCUCGCACAGAAUCACGGGUAGAAACUGAUUUUGUUGACAGACCAGUCUACGUUGGACCUCAAGAUGGGUUGAUGGGAACUGAUAAGAUUGAUGCUUUGCCAGGACAGCCAGAAGGAGUGGACUUUGAUCAGUAUGCAGGAUAUGUUACAGUUGAUCCAACGGCUGGAAGGGCAUUGUUCUAUUACUUUGUUGAGUCGCCACAUAAUUCUUCCAGCAAACCUCUGGUCCUAUGGCUCAAUGGAGGACCAGGUUGCUCAUCCCUUGGAUAUGGAGCCAUGGAGGAACUAGGACCCUUCAGAGUCAACAGUGAUGGACAGACUCUAUUCCGCAAUGACUAUGCAUGGAACGAAGUGGCAAACGUACUAUUCCUGGAGUCCCCGGCUGGUGUGGGUUUUUCAUAUUCGAACACAACUUCUGACUAUGAGAAAACCGGAGACAAAAGCACAGCAGAAGAUUCUUACACUUUUCUUAUAAACUGGCUUGAGAGAUUCCCCAAGUACAAGACCCGAGACCUCUUCAUAACUGGAGAGAGCUAUGCCGGUCAUUAUGUGCCCCAGCUUGCUUACACCAUCCUAUCAAGGAACAAUAACACGAACCAAACAAUCAUUAAUCUCAAGGGCAUUGCAAUUGGCAAUGCUUGGAUAGAUGACAAUACCAGUACACAGGGAAUGUAUGACUUCUACUGGACACAUGCUUUGAAUUCUGAUGAAACCCAUGCAGGAAUUGACAAGUACUGCGACUAUCUUACUGGAAAUUAUUCAGGCCCAUGCUAUCAAUAUCAAGGUCAAGGAGAACACGAAUAUGGAAAUAUCGACAUCUACAACAUUUAUGCUCCACUUUGCCAUUCAUCGGGAAGCAAAUCUGGUCCCCCUGGUUCUGUGAAAGACUUUGAUCCCUGCUCCGACUACUAUGUCUCCUCCUAUCUGAAUCUACCUGAGGUGCAAAAAGCUCUUCAUGCCAUGCAAACCAGAUGGUCGGCUUGCAGGUACUGUCCUUUUAUUUAUAUUAUAGUAUCAUACACAUGGUAACAGGGGUAUCACACAUCCCAACCUCAAAAUUGAUCAACUUCUCAAGUUUGACCUACGCAUUGAACGUCAUCUUAUAUCUAGAUAUGUAUCAUGUUCAAUCAAAACAACUAACUAGCUUCCCUUCUGAAUCUUGCACAGUGGUGUUGGCUGGACAGAUAGCCCAACAACCAUUCUGCCCACACUCAAG